AUGGACGAAGUCCCGGAAGGUAUUGGUGAUGAAGGUACAGAAGGUCCCCUCGAAGAAGCGGAUCUGCCUGUAAUUAGUUAUGCGGAACGGUUGACAGUUGGUCGUGAUGAUACGGUUAUCGCUGGCGUGGAUGCUCCUAUCCUGGAAAUCGUCGCCAAGCGAGUAGUUGAGCGAGCUGUGGAGUAUUUGGCGUUGACUGCGAAUUAUGAGACUUUUUGGCUCUCGAGGGCCGAGUUGAUGCCUGCGUACUCUGAUCAGAUUGCCGCGUUUGAGCGAGCAGAGAGGAAGAAGAAAGGUCUACCAGCGUUGCGUCGGAGUGCCCGACUGGCUGAUGCUAAUGCUGAGGUGGAUGAUGAUUACUUGCUGCUGGCGUAG